CCUCUUAUUCCGUGCCUUGCUCUAUGACACACCGGAGCCCUGGCACUGCUCCUUUUCCAGCUCUUCUAGGGAUCCCAGGGUGGAGAGAAAGGGAGUCAGCAGACACCCAACCUGACAAGGUUGUGUGGAGCUGCUGACCAGGAUGUUGGCAUUCAGGCUGGGUGACCAUGUGUGGCUGGACCCUCCCUCCACCAAUAAGACCAGUGUGGCCAUCGGAGGUAUCAUCAAAGAAACAAAGCCAGGCAAGGUCUUGGUUGAGGAUGACGAGGGCAAGGAGCACUGGAUCCAAGCCGAGGACCUCGGGGCCCUCAGUCCCAUGCAUCCCAACUCAGCUCAGGGUGUAGAUGACAUGAUCCGCUUGGGAGACUUGCACGAGGCGGGUAUUGUGCACAACCUCCUGAUCCGCUACCAGCAGCACAAGAUCUAUACAUACACAGGAUCCAUCCUGGUGGCAGUGAACCCAUUCCAGCUGCUGCCACUGUACACCCUGGAGCAGGUGCAGCUGUAUUACGGCCGCCAUUUUGGGGAGCUGCCCCCGCACGUCUUUGCCACUGCCAACAGCUGCUACUUCAACCUGAGGAAGAACAAGAGGGACCAGUGCUGUGUCAUCAGCGGUGAGUCAGGGGCUGGAAAGACGGAGACCUCCAAGCUCAUCCUGCAGUUCCUGGCCACUGUCAGCGGCCAGCAUUCGUGGAUUGAACAGCAGGUCCUGGAGGCCAACCCCAUCUUGGAAGCCUUUGGAAAUGCCAAGACAAUCCACAAUGACAACUCAAGCCGCUUCGGGAAAUACAUCGAUAUCUACGUCAGCCCCAGCGGGGUGAUCGAGGGCGCACGGAUUGAGCAGUUUCUCCUGGAGAAGUCCCGGGUCUGCCGGCAGGCCCCAGAAGAGCGAAACUACCACAUCUUCUACUGUAUGCUCAUGGGCAUGAGCAAGGAGGAGAAGAAGCUGUUGGACUUGGGGACACCCUCUGAGUACCAUUACCUGACCAUGGGUAACUGCACAUCCUGUGAGGGGCUCAAUGACUCCAAGGACUAUGCUCACAUCCGCUCGGCCAUGAAGAUCCUCCUGUUCUCUGACUCCGAGAACUGGGACAUCAGCAAACUGCUGGCGGCCAUCCUCCACCUGGGGAACAUAGAGUUUAUGGCUUCCAUCUUUGAGAAUCUGGACUCCUCCGAAGUGAUGGAGACGCCCGCCUUUCCCACCGUGAUGAAGUUACUGGAGGUGCAGCACCAGCCCCUCCGGGACUGUCUGACCAAGCACACCAUCCUCAUCCGCGGGGAGCAUGUUACCAGGCCACUGAACAUGGCGCAGGCCGCUGACCGCAGGGACGCCUUUGUCAAGGGCAUCUAUGGGCAUCUCUUCCUGUGGAUUGUCAAGAAGAUCAAUGCUGCGAUCUUCACACCACCGGCCCAGGACCCCAAAAAUGUGCGAAGGGCCAUAGGCCUCCUGGAUAUAUUUGGCUUUGAAAACUUCCAGAACAACAGCUUUGAGCAGCUCUGCAUCAACCUUGCCAACGAGCACCUGCAGCAGUUCUUCGUGCAGCAUGUGUUUGCCAUGGAGCAGGAGGAGUACCGCUCAGAGAACCUUGCCUGGGACUACAUCCACUACACCGACAACCAACCCACCCUGGACCUGCUGGCCCUCAAGCCCAUGAGUGUCAUCUCCCUCCUAGAUGAAGAGAGCCACUUCCCAAAGGGGACAGAUCUCACCAUGCUGCAAAAACUGAAUGGAGUCCAUGCCAACAACAAGGCUUUCCUAAAACCCAAGAACAUCCAUGAUGCCAGGUUUGGCAUUGCCCACUUUGCCGGUGAGGUAUACUACCAAGUGGAAGGCUUCCUGGAGAAGAAUCGAGAUGUGCUAAGCACGGAUAUCCUCACUCUGAUUCACUCCUCCAAAAACAAGUUCCUGAGGCAGAUAUUCAACCUGGAGUCGGCAGAGACCAAGCUGGGCCGUGGUACCAUCCGUCAAGCAAAGACAGGGAGCCAGCUCUUCAAGUCUACAGACUCCGCCAAGCGGCCCUCGACCUUGGCAGGCCAGUUCAAGCAGUCGCUGGAGCAGCUGAUGAAAAUCCUGACCAGAUGCCAGCCCUACUUCGUCCGCUGCAUCAAACCCAAUGAGUAUAAGAAGCCCCUGCUCUUCGACCGGGAGCUGUGCCUCCGGCAGCUGCGCUACUCAGGCAUGAUGGAGACCGUGCGCAUCCGCAAGUCGGGCUUCCCCGUGCGCUACAUGUUUGAGGAGUUUGCGAAGAGGUUUGGGGUGCUGCUGCCCAGCGCCCAGCGUGUUCAGCUUCGAGACAAUUUUCGUCAGAUGACCCUGAGCAUCACUGACCUGUGUCUGGAGACAGACAAGGACUGGAAAGUGGGAAAGACCAAAAUCUUCCUAAAGGACCACCAGGACACUCUGCUGGAGAUACAGAGGAGCCAGGCUCUGGACGGAGCAGCCGUCAGCAUCCAGCGGGUCCUGCGAGGCUACAAAUACAGGAAGGAGUUUCUGAGGCAGAGGCAGGCAGCUGUGACCCUCCAAGCUGGGUGGCGAGGCUACUGCAACAGGAGGAAUUUCAAGCUGAUCCUGCUGGGCUUUGAACGCCUGCAGGCCAUUGCCCGGAGCCACAUACUGGUGAGACAGUUCCAGGCCAUGCGGCAGAGGAUAGUGCAACUGCAGGCCCGCUGCAGGGGCUACAUGGUGCGCCAGCAAGUCCAGGCGAAGAGGAGGGCAGUGGUGGUCAUCCAAGCACAUGCCCGGGGCAUGGCUGCUCGGCGGUGCUUCCAGCAGCAGAAAGCCAGCGUGGGUAGUCAUCCAGCCUCUGGACAGGGACCUGUGAUCAUCCCAGCUGAAGAGCAGAAGGAUCAAAGCGCUCUCCCUACCAAGAAGCGCGAGUCCAUUUACGACACUGUCACUGACACAGAGAUGGUAGAGCAAGUGUUUGGCUUCCUUCCGUCCAUGAUUGGGGGCCAGGAAGGCCAGGCCCCUGCACGCUUUGAGGAUCUGGAAACCAAAAGCCCCAAACUGCCCAAGAUUGACCUGGAAACCAAGACCCCAAAACUGCCUGAGAUUGACUUGGACACAGUCCCCAUGGUGGAGGAGCCAGAGGAGGACACGGAUGGCCUGGCAGAGUACACCUUUCCCAAGUUCGCUGUGACUUACUUCCAGAAAUCAGCCAGCCACACACACAUCCGGCGGCUUCUCCGCUACCCACUGCUUUACCACGACAAUAACACCGACUACUUGGCCGCCCUGGCCGUGUGGACCAUCAUCCUGAGGUUCAUGGGUGACCUGCCGGAGCCGGUGCUGUAUGCCAAGAACAGCCUGCGGAGCAGCCCGGUGAUGCGGCAGAUCCACAGCAGGCUGGGCCAGGAGGGCGCAGCGGAGGGUCCCCAGCACAGUGGGUCUGUGCAGAGACUGAGCCACAAGGAUAGAGGGACCAAAGACAUCUCUUCCAUGAAGCUGAAGCGGUCCUCCCGCAUCACAGGCCAGGUGGCCAGCCAGCUGAGUACAGGAGAGGAGGACUUUGACCCCGAUGGCCCCAUCUCAGACAGACCCAUGUCCAACCUGGAGAAGGUGCACUUCAUCGUGGGCUAUGCCAUCCUUCGGUCCGGCCUCAGGGAUGAGAUUUACUGCCAGAUCUGCAAGCAGCUCUCGGAGAACCCGAAAGCAAGCAGCCGGGCUCGGGGCUGGAUCCUGCUCAGCCUCUGCCUGGGCUGCUUUCCGCCCUCUGAGCGGUUCCUGAAGUACCUGCUGAACUUUAUUGGCCAAGGGCCGGCUGGCUACGGACCAUUCUGUGCAGAGCGCCUGCGGCGCACCUGUGCUAAUGGAGUCCGCACGGAGCCUCCCACCUGGCUGGAGCUGCAGGCCGUCAAGUCCAAGAAGCACAUCCCCAUCCAAGUGAUCCUGGUGACUGGGCAGAACCUGACCAUCACCGUGGACUCGGCCUCCACAUCUCGGGAGGUCUGCCUGCACAUCGCCCAAAAGCAGGAGAUCACCGACCACCUGGGCUUUUCCCUCCAGGUCGCUGUGUAUGACAAGUUCUGGUCCCUGGGCAGCGGGCGAGACCACGUGAUGGAUGCUGUGGCCCAGUGUGAACAGUUGGCCCAGGAGAGGGGCGAGAGCCAGCGCCAGUCGCCCUGGCGCAUCUACUUCCGGAAGGAGUUCUUCACCCCCUGGCAUGACUCCCAGGAGGAUCCUAUCAGCACCAAGCUCAUUUACCGUCAAGUCCUCCAUGGAGUCUGGUCUGGCGAGUACAGCUUUGAGAGGGAAGAAGACCUGGUGGAGCUGCUGGCCCAGCACUGCCACGUGCAGCUUGGCACUUCGUCGGGGAGCGAGGCUGUCCAGGGUCUGCUGCCCAGCUGCAUCCCUCCCAAGCUGUACAAGACCAAGUCCCCAGAGAAGUGGGCUAGCCUCAUCACUGCUGCCCAAGCCAAGGCCCCAUACACCAAGACGAGAGCAACGGCGCUGGCGGUGCGGCAGCAGGUAGUGGAUGCCGCCCGCCUGCAGUGGCCACUGCUCUUCUCUCGGCUCUUUGAAGUCACCACGCUCUCUGGGCCCCGCCUCCCCAAGACACAGCUGGUCUUGGCUGUCAACUGGAAGGGACUACACUUCCUGGACCAGCGGGAGAGGACAAUGCUGGAACUGUCCUUCCCGGAGGUCACAAGUCUGGUCACCAACAGGGGGGCCCAGAGGGGGCAGAGACUGCUGCUGUCCACGCUGCAAGGAGAAGAGUAUGAGUUCACCACCCCCAGCAGUGUGGCCAUCGCCGAGCUGGUGGCGCUGUUUCUGGAGGGCCUGAGGGAGAGGUCCGUGUUCGCCAUGGCCCUGCAGGACCGGAAGGCCACAGAUGACAUCGCUCUCCUGCCCUUCAAGAAGGGGGACUUGCUGGUCCUGACCAAGAAGCAAGGACUGCUGGCCUCUGAGAACUGGACGCUGGGCCAAAAUGACAGGACAGGCAAGACAGGGCUGGUGCCCACAGCCUGCCUCUAUGCCAUCCCCACGGUGGUCAAGCCCUCCCCCCAGCUGCUGAGCUUGCUGGCCAUGUCACCAGAGAAGAGGAAACUGGCGGCACAGGAGGGACCCUCAGAGCCACUGCCUGAGGAGCAGCCCAAAGAGAAGCCACACACCCUGGAGGAGUUCUCCUAUGAGUUCUUCAGGACCCCAGAAAAGGAGACUGUCAGCAGAGCCGUGAUGCCCCUGGGCCGCACCCAGGGCCACCUGUGGUCCUACUCCUUGGAGCCCCUGCGGCAGCCGCUGCUCAAGCACGUUCAUGACAAAGCCGACCUGCGGGAUGUCGCCUGCCAGAUCUUCCUUGCCAUCCUCAAGUACACAGGUGACUACCCCUCUCGGCAGACCUGGCCCACCCUGCAGCUCACGGACCAGAUCUUUUCAUUGGCCCUGCAGGAGCCAGCCCUGCAGGAUGAGGUCUACUGCCAGAUCCUCAAGCAGCUGACUCACAACUCCAACAGGCACAGUGAGGAGCGGGGAUGGCAGCUGCUGUGGCUCUGCACCAGCCUCUUCCCACCUGGCAAGGCACUGCUGCCCCAUGUCCAGAAGUUCAUCGACACUCGGAGGAAGAAGAAGCUGGCUCCCGACUGCAGCCGCCACAUCCAGAGGGUCCUGAGGACAGGGCCCCGGAAGCAGCCUCCACAUCAGGUCGAGGUGGAGGCCGCUGAGAAGAAUGUCUCCCGAAUCUUCCACAAGGUCUACUUCCCCAACGACACCAGUGAGAUGCUGGAGGUGGGCACCAACAACCGAGUGCGAGAAGUAUGCGAGGCCAUCGCCACCAAGCUGCAGCUGGCCUCCUGGGAAGGCUGCAGCCUCUUCAUCAAGAUUGCAGAUAAGGUCAUCAGCCAGAAGGAAGGAGACUUCUUCUUCGACUCCCUGAGGCAGGUGUCCGACUGGGUGAGAAGGAACAAGCCCCAGAAAGAAGGGGCGCCGGCGACACUCCCCUACCAGGUGUACUUCAUGCGGAAACUGUGGCUCAACGUGGUCCCAGGGAAGGAUGUGAACGCAGACACCAUACUGCAUUACCACCAGGAGCUGCCCAAGUACCUGCGUGGGUUCCACAAGUGCUCCCGAGAAGAUGCCGUCCACCUGGCUGGCCUCAUCUACAAGGCUCAGUUUGACAACGACCAGUCCCAGCUGGCGAGUGUCCCCAAGAUCCUGAGGGAUCUGGUGCCUGAGAACCUCAUACGCCUCAUGUCCUCAGAGGAGUGGAGAAAGAGCCUCCUCCCCGAGUGCAGUAAGCACCAGAACAAGACAGUGCCAGAGGCCAAGGUGGCCUUCCUCAAGUACAUCUGCCGCUGGCCCACCUUUGGCUCGGCCUUCUUUGAGGUGAAGCAAGCCUCGGAGCCCUCCUAUCCAGAUAUCGUCCUCAUCGCCAUCAACAGACAUGGGGUGCUGCUCAUCCACCCCAAGACCAAGGAGCUGCUCACCACCUACCCCUUCACCAAGCUCUCCAGCUGGAGCAGUGGCAGCACCUACUUCCACAUGGCACUGGGGAGCCUGGGCCGCAGCAAGCGCCUGCUGUGUGAGACCUCGCUGGGCUACAAGAUGGACGACCUGCUGACCUCCUACGUGGAGCAGCUCCUGAAUGUGAUGAACAAGCAGCGAGGCUCCCGCGCCCCUGCACCAGCUACCCCCUAGGAGGAGUGGGCCCUAGCUGCCCGCUCAGUCACCUUCUGCCUGGGUCUCUCACCAGCUUGGGCCUGGCCUCUGCGUGAGGCCUUUCACACCACCCUCUCCCACACUCCCACUCUGCUCAGCACCCAGACAGCCUCUCCUGAGUGCUGACCCUGGAGGGUCAGGCCUGCAAUGACGAUGGCUGGCUCCUCUGGAUAUUCAAUAAAACCCACACAGCAUGGA